CAUCCAAAAAUUAAUCUCACACUAUAAAAUCUCCUGCACUGCAAGUCCGUAAUCAGUCUCUCUCUCUCUCAUCAUGACCAAAACCAGAGACAGAAACUCGGAAGAAUCUGAGUUGAGAAGAGGGCCAUGGACACUCGAAGAAGACACACUCCUUAUUCAGUACGUCACCUCCCAUGGCGAAGGCCGAUGGAAUUCUUUAGCCAAAGAUGCAGGGCUGAAGAGGACAGGGAAGAGUUGCAGGCUACGGUGGCUGAAUUAUUUGAAUCCCGACAUUAAAAGGGGAAACUUCACCCCACACGAGCAGCUACUCAUUCUUGAACUCCAUUCCAAAUGGGGAAACAGGUGGUCGAAAAUUGCGAAGCACUUGCCCGGAAGAACAGACAACGAGAUCAAGAACUACUGGAGAACACGUGUGCAGAAACAGGCACGUCAGCUACGUGUAGAUUCCAACAGUACCAAGUUUCUAGAAGCCGCCAGACUCUUCUGGAAGCCGAUGUUGCUCGAAAAGACGACGGCGGACGGCGGCUGUAGUCCAUCUAUGUCGGCGGCGCCGCCAAUCUCCACCGCGGAGCUGCCUCCUCCGCCGCCGUGUCCCAAACCCAGCUCUGUAGAAAAAAUGGGAUCGAUCCAGAGCCAGCUGUACUCGCCCGAUUAUUGUAAUUUAGGAAAAUCACAGGCCGAGGAGAAGAAUAAUAAUUACUACUACGUGGGCGAUGAAGGCGUGCAAGAACUGGAGCUGAUGGAGGCUGCAGACAGUUAUCUUCCACUCUACGGCUGCCACGUGGAUGGGGCUGAUUGGCUGGCAGAGGAGCUAGGGCAAAGCUUUUUGAAUAGUGAUGAAUUGUGGCAAUUCAAGAAGGGUGAGGAAUUAAUAAUUGGUGUCUAGAAUCUAAUAUAGAAAUAAAUCUACAUCGAUAGAUACACUACUCAUCUUUAAUUACAAAAAUCGCCCUUAUUUUUGAACUAGGGUCUUGAUUAUCUCAUAAGGGAUUUAUUGUUAUUAUUAGUUAAUUUAAUCUAAUCUUC